UCCCCGUCAUUCCCGCUUAAAUUCCACCUAGCCCGUACACGUGAGUCACGCCAACGUUUUCAAUACGUAAUAAGUGUGCAUUUUUAAUAGUAACGGUGUUCUGAUUUAAAAAAUAAUAAUAAUAAAUAAAAUAAAAUAAAAUAAAAGAAGAAGAAGAAGAGAAAAUUUUUAUUUUUUUUAAUAAUCUGAUAAAUUGCCAUCAGCCUUCCCCCACGUCAUCAACGGUUGAGUGGGCCUUUCUCUAUAAAUAGGAGGAUCCGCUUCUUGUUUCACUAACCUCACCUUAGCUUUCUCAAAUUCGCCAACUGAACGAUGGAGCUUCCUCCUACGAGCCCAUGGCCAUUUUGGUCAUUUUUCCUCCUCAUAAUCCUUCUCUCUUCCAUGGACGUUCCAUGGUUGUUGGGAUCUGCCGCUAACUUCUCCAACGAAACCGAUCACCUUGCUUUGCUACACUUCAAACAUCUAAUAACCGACGAUCCUCUCAAUUCCUUGAGCUCUUGGAACCAUACUCUCCACUUCUGCCACUGGCAAGGAGUCACAUGUGGUGGUCGCCGGCAUCCUCAAAGGGUCACAGCCCUGGAACUCACAGCCCUCAACUUGGUGGGCCCCAUAUCUCCCUACAUAUCAAACCUCACCUUCCUCAGGUUAAUCGAUCUUGAAAACAACAGCUUCCAUGGCACAGUUCCUGAAGAGAUUGGCCGUUUGUCCCGUCUGCGCGUUCUCGAUCUCGUCAACAACAUAUUCACUGGAGAAAUUUCAGCAAAUCUGACUCGCUGUUCAGAACUCACAGGCAUCGAUCUUUACGGGAAUCAGCUCGUAGGGAAAAUCCCAGUUGAGUUUGGCUCUCUAUCAAAACUCACCAUUUUAAGCAUUGGUCACAACAAUCUUACAGGAAGCAUUCCACCUUCACUUGGAAACCUUUCAUCUCUCACUAUCCUUUAUCUCUCGAUAAAUAAUCUGGAGGGCAGUAUCCCAGAUGACCUUUCUAAAUUGGUGAGAUUAACGGAUCUUAGCCUAGAUGAAAAUGAACUGUCAGGUACGAUCCCGCCUUCGCUAUAUAAUCUCUCCUCUAUUGAAACUUUGGACGUAGCAGCAAACAGAUUGAAUGGAAAUCUUCCUCCUAACUUAGGUUUCACUCUUCCUAAUCUCCAACAGCUUUAUGCUGCAAUAAACCAUUUCACAGGACCCAUACCAGUUUCAUUAACCAAUGCUUCAGGACUUGUACUUAUUGAUUUUGGUCUCAAUAACUUUAGCGGAUCUGUGCCGCUGAAUUUUGGAAGACUGAAGGAUCUCUCGAUCUUAGAUAUGGGUGCUAAUGAACUUGGAUUUGGGAAAGCUCAUGACUUGAGUUUUCUUGAUUCCUUGACUAAUUGCAGUAACUUACAAGAAAUGGACCUAGGCGGAAAUCAUCUCGGUGGUGCAUUGCCGAACUCCAUAUCUAAUCUUUCCACCCAACUGAGAUGGCUAUCUUUCGCAGCGAACAAGAUAUCGGGAAUCAUACCAUCUGGGAUUGAGAAUCUUGUCGGGUUAACAAGAUUGGACAUAAGGGAGAACGUUUUAACGGGUUCUAUUCCCAUCGGUAUUGGGAAUCUUAACAAGGUGGUGGAACUGGACUUGAGUAUAAAUGAAUUAUCAGGGCAAAUUCCAUCUUCAUUGGGCAACCUCACCAGUUUAUCCGAACUCCAUUUAUUUGGAAACAAGCUAUCAGGGAGCUUACCUUCAACUCUUGGUAAUUGCAUAAACCUGCAAUUCAUAUACAUCGAAAACAAUAGCUUUAGCGGUAGCUUACCCAAACAACUUUUCAGCAUUCCAUCUCUAAUUGAACUCAAAGCUCAAAACAACUUUUUUACUGGUUAUCUGCCACAUGAAGAUGGUUACUUGAAAGUUCUUGGAAGACUUAUUGUUUCUAAUAACAAAUUGUCAGGCGAAAUUCCAAGCUCGCUAAGCAAUUGUCUAAGCCUAGAGUAUCUCUUCUUAGAUGGUAAUUUCUUUCAAGGAUCAAUUCCUCCAACAUUUGGUACUCUAAGAGGCCUUCAAUACCUCGAUCUUUCGCGCAACAACUUGUCUGGAGAGAUUCCAAAAUUCGUAGAGAACCUUUCUGCCUUGCAGUAUCUAAAUCUAUCUUUCAAUAAUUUCGAGGGUGAAUUACCAGAAAACGGGAUAUUUCAAAAUGCCAGUGAAGUUUCAGUGCUUGGAAAUAGUAAGCUUUGUGGGGGUAUUCGCCAAUUUCAAUUGCCAGCAUGCUCCAGCCAAGCUUCUAAGAAACAGGGGAUGUCUCUUGCCUCAAAAAUAAAAAUCACAGUAAUUGGUGUUGUCAUGGGUCUUAUUUCAUUAUCAUGUUUCUUGAUUACUCUUUAUUGGGUUCGAAAGUCAGCAAGGAAACCUGUUGCUAUGCCUUCCGUGGGAGAUCCUUUCAUGAACAUAUCUUAUAUAGAGCUCUUUAGAGCUACUGAUGGCUUCUCUUCUGCAAAUUUGAUUGGCACUGGAAAUUUUGGUUCUGUAUAUAAAGGAACUCUUGAUCGAGAUGGAACUGUUAUCGCAGUUAAAGUCUUCAACUUUCAGCAACAAGGAGCUCUUAGGAGUUUUAUGGCCGAAUGUGAAGCCUUGAGAAACAUUAAGCAUCGAAAUCUUAUUAAAAUCUUUACUUGUUGCUCAAGCAUUGAUUUUAAGGGCGAUGAGUUCAAGGCUUUAGUUUUCGAGUAUAUGCCUAAUGGAAAUCUGGACGAGUACUUGCAUAGAGAUGGGCACCACGGGUUGAGAAGAAAUUUAAACUUUAUUCAAAGGCUAAAUAUAGCUAUCGAUGUGGCUUCUUCAUUGGAUUAUCUACAUCACCAGUGCCAAACACCGAUCGUCCACCGUGAUUUAAAACCGAGUAAUAUUCUUCUUGACAAUGACAUGACUGCUCAUGUGGGUGACUUCGGGUUAGCCAGGUUCUUAUCUCAAGUUACUCAAAGCAGCUCGGUUGGUGUAAAGGGAUCUAUUGGGUACAUUGCUCCAGAGUAUGCAUUGGGCGGUAAAGCGUCUACACAAGGAGAUGUUUACAGCUAUGGAAUCCUUUUAUUGGAGAUGAUAACAGGAAAGGGCCCAACUGAUAACAUGUUUAAAGAUGAUCUAAGCCUUCAUCAUUUUGCUAAGUUGGCGUUGACUGAACAAGUAAUGGAGAUUGUAGAUCCAUUUCUCUUUGAAGAAGCUGAAGCUACUCAAGGCAGCGGAAAUCAUAUCAAUAUAAGAAAUAGAAUGCGCAAUGGAUUGAUUUCCAUGGUUAAAAUUGGUGUGUUGUGUUCUGUGGAAUCUCCAAGAGAGCGAAUGUUGAUGAAAGAUGUUGUCAUGGAAAUGCAUGCAAUCAAGGACAUAUAUCUUGGGGUCAGGAUUCACCGAGUCAAACAAGUUAGGUCACAACAGUUAGGUGAAGGUCCAUCUUAUCUCAGUCAUUACUGAGACGUUAUUGGUAGUUUGUUGGGAAAUAUUUGAAAAUAAAAGAAGUUUCUUGAAUACUUUUCUUAAUAAGCUUGUACUGAUGGUGCAUACAUGGGAAGAUGUCUUUCUUUUCCUAUGUUUGA